UCUUAACUGUACUUCUAAAAAAUCUGGAAGCUUCACAUUCCAAUCUGGUGUCUGCAGGAUGCAGAUUUAACAUAUGGUGAUUCUCCGUGCCUGAUUCCUGUGGUUUGACAGAAGUUGCUGGAGCUUGUAUGCUGCUUCAUGCAGUCACACGUUCUGGGUCAUGAAACUUAAUCCACAGCAAGCUCCACUGUAUGGUGACUGCUUAAUCACUGUAUUGCUCACUGAAGAUGACCAAGUUGGAAAUGAUGACGUAGUUUUUUACCUCGUUUUCACUGGAUCUGCUGUUCAACACUGUGCCAGCACAAGGAAGCUUGACUCGGGGAUAUUGGAGACCAUUGCCCCUGGCCAUGACUGCUGUGAGACUGUGAAAGUCUCUCUCUGUGCUGCUAAGCAAGACCACCCAAUUCUGGUGGUGGCAGAGGACAGCUUGCAGUUUGUUCAGGAUGAAGCAUAUGAUGCAGCUCAGUUCUUGGCAACCUGUGCUGGGAACCAGCAGGCGCUCAACUUUACAAGAUUCUUGGACCAGUCCAGGCCACCUGCUGGGGACAUGGACUUUUUGGAUGAGAAAGUGACUCUGGCAUUUCGUCACUUGAAAUUGCCAUCCGAGUGGAAUGUACUGGGGACAGAUCAUGCUCUAAAUGAGAAUGUUUCUCGGGAGACACUGAUGCAUUUUGCUGUAAGGCUGGGAUUGUUGCGACUGACAUGGUUCCUCUUGCAGAAACCUGGUGGAAGAGAAGCCCUUUCUGUUUCCAAUAGGGAAGGAGCUACUCCUAUAGGUUUGGCCUUGGAGAGGGGCCAUAAGAAGCUGCAUCAACUCCUUACAGAGGAAGGAGCUAGUGAACCCUACUGCUGGAGCACCUUGUCCCAAACAGUACACUCCGAGGAGUACUGCGUUGUCAAGUACCACCGCGGAUUAAACGUUUACACUUUGACAACGGAAACCAAGAAGGGAGUAAGAUCUAACAUGGAGAAGGACAUCGCCUGCCUCCAGACGCACAUACGAAAGCACCAGGACAUGAAUUCAAGUGAACACUCACACCCUACACAGACCUGUGAGGACUGUAGUACAAGCACUGAAGUGAUGGGCCACGCAGCUGCACCAGUGUGUGAUCUGAAUGAAAUAAUGACAGAAGAAAACCAGGGAGAUACUUCUGACCCACUGGAUCUAGAGGCAAUCCAGAUUUUGGUCCCUCCUUGCUUUGAAGAGAGCACCUGCCAGCAAGUGAAAGAGUUCUUAAACACGCCCAAAGAUUCGUUGGAGCUGGAGGAUGUAGAAAACCCAAAGUCUUCCUGUAGAAGUAAAAAUGCAAUUGCCAGGCUACAGAAAGAGGAAGAGGAGGAGUUGACUUCUGCCGUAGAUUCUGAGGCAUUAGCAGAGGAACGUGACGAGCGGCUGAGCCCAGUUAAUGGCCUUCAU